AUGACCAACCCAGUUGCGGCGCCGCGACGCACCGUCUGGCCGCCGGCCUCCGCCAUCGCCCCCUCCACCCCCGCGCGGCGCGGCGGCGCGUGCGGCCUCUGCCCCCCGCCCCCGCCCCCGGCGCCGGCACGUGGCGGCGCGGCCUUGGCCCCCGGGCCGGCUGGCAGUGAUAAACCAGAAAUCGAGUCGGGCGGAGUGCGCUCCGGCGAUCCGCAGCAAAUUACGGCGAAAGCGAGGUCCGGCGAAGGGGCGCCGCCCCCGCCCCCGGCUGCACGCGCCGGCCGCCCACGGUCCGCCCUCGGCGGCGGCGGCGGCGGCGGCGCGCACGUGCGGCCGUUGGCAGAGCCCCGGCGUCGCCCACGCGGCGCCACGUGUCCGCCCGGCGGCCGUGACCUUGCGCCGCCGCGCCGCGCCGCAGCAUCCCCCGGCGUCCGGCGCACCCCCGGCGCCGCGCCUACCCCCCACCACCACCGACUCCCCUGCAGCGCAGCCCGCGCGUGGGUACCCUUGACAUUCGCACUUGCGCUCGCUGCGCAUGAAAGCCCCCGGCAAAAGCGAGAACGCGAGCUCCGCUCACGUCGUAAAAACUUUACAGCUAAAAACAAAGUUUAUGAUGCUUCAAGUUAA